AACGCCAAUUCUCAGGCUUCAACAGUUCCAUUUCCAAUCGCGAACUGUCGAGAUGCAAGCUUUUGCCAUACCCGGAAAGACCGUGAAAUCGCAUAUGUACCGCGACCCAAAGCCAUAACGUCCCAUUAACAAUAUUAAUCAUCAACGUAUCUAAGGAAAAAUACAGCUAAAGAUUUCGGGCUUAUCAAUAGCAUUACAAUAAAAAUAAUAAUCAAUCGGUGUCUUUGUGUUUCGUACUAAAUAUAAAUAAUUUGAGAUUCUAUCAUUCAACGUAAUAAAAUAAUAAAUCUACGUAAACUCUAGAGCUGCAGUCAAUCUCAAUAUGUCAAGCCAACAGGAGUCCAAAAAAGGCAAUGCCAAGCUUCCCGGUUUAGGAGACUUUCAGGUGGAAAAAACCACCGCAGGUGAUGUCGGCACGAAACCUGAAAGAAAUUACACCUACUUUGAUCUGUUUCGAUAUUCCACAUGUGGGGAGCGUUUUUUACUAGUAUUUAGUAUGAUUGUGGCCACAAUUGCCUCCGCAUUCAUUCCUUAUUUCAUUUUAAUCUACGGAGAAUUCACAUCUCUGCUCAUCGAUCGCACUGUUGGAGAGGGUACAUCAUCCCCAGCAUAUUUUCUCGCCCUUUUUGGAGGCGGACAACGACUCACCAAUGCCAGCAAGGAGGAGAAUUCUCAGGCCAUCAUAGAUGAUUCCAUUGCCUUUGGUAUUGGUAGUCUCGUGGGAUCAGUGAUUAUGUUCAUCCUUAUUCUCAUUGCCAUUGAUGUAUCGAAUCGUGUGGCUCUCAAUCAAAUUAAUCGCAUACGUAAACUCUUUCUGGAGGCCAUACUGCGUCAGGAUAUGUCCUGGUAUGACACCUCAUCGGGCACCAAUUUCGCCAGCAAAAUGACAGAAGAUCUGGAUAAGGUCAAGGAGGGCAUUGGCGAGAAGGUGGCCAUUGUGACCUUUCUGAUCAUGACCUUUGUGAUGGGCAUUGUGGCAUCCUUUAUCUAUGGCUGGAAGCUAACGCUGGUUGUGUUGACCUGCAGUCCCUUUAUCAUGAUAUCCACGGCUUUGGUGGCCAAGAUUCAAAGCUCCUUGGCCGAAAAGGAGCUGAAGGCUUAUUCCGAUGCUGGCGGUGUGGCGGAGGAAGUCUUCAGUGGGAUUAGAACUGUGCUGGCCUUCAGUGGAGAGAGCAAGGAGAAUGAACGCUUCUCCAAGCUACUUGUUCCUGCGGAGGUUACUGGUCGGAAGAAGGGUCUCUACUCUGGAAUAGGUGCUGGUGUGAUGUGGCUCAUCAUCUACUGCUGCAUGGCCAUUGCCAUUUGGUAUGGAGUCAGCCUGAUUCUGGAUGAUCGUGGCCUAGAAGAUCGUCAAUAUACGCCGGCUGUUCUUGUCAUUGUUCUCUUUGCCAUUAUUAUGGGUGCUCAGAAUCUGGGUUUCUCCUCUCCCCAUGUGGAUUCCUUUGGUGUGGCGCUCGGAGCGGCACGUAAUCUCUUCAGGAUUAUCGAUCGCCAGUCGGAAAUUGAUCCCAUAUCGGAGAUUGGCAACAAGCCCGACAGUAUUACGGGAAGACUACGCUUUGAGGACAUACACUUCCGGUAUCCCUCACGGCCGGACAUUGAGAUCCUAAAGGGUCUGACGGUGGAUGUGGAACCGGGACAGACGGUGGCCUUUGUGGGUGCCUCGGGAUGUGGCAAGAGCACCGUCAUUCAGUUAAUGCAACGCUUCUACGACCCGGAACAGGGCAACGUCAAGCUGGACGGUCGCGAUCUGAGAACCUUAAACGUCGCCUGGCUGCGCUCCCAGAUCGGAGUUGUGGGUCAGGAGCCGGUGCUGUUUGCCACCACGAUUGGGGAGAACAUACGCUAUGGAAAUCCCCAGGCCACCCAGCAGGAUAUCGAGCGGGCAGCCCGUAAUGCCAAUUGCCAUGAGUUCAUCAGUAAAUUGCCCAAGGGCUACGACACCAAGGUGGGGGAACGUGGUGCCCAGAUGUCCGGUGGCCAGAAGCAACGGAUUGCGAUUGCCCGAGCUCUUGUACGUAAUCCGAAGAUCCUGCUGCUGGACGAGGCGACAUCCGCGUUGGACCCCACCUCCGAGAAGCGUGUACAGGAUGCUCUGGAACUGGCGAGCCAAGGACCAACCACCCUUGUGGUUGCCCAUCGUCUAUCGACUGUGACUAAUGCCGAUAAAAUUGUAUUUGUCAAGGACGGCGUGGUGGCUGAACAAGGCACCCAUGAUGAGCUGAUGGACAGGGGUGGUUUAUACUGCGAACUGGUGAACAUUACCAAGCGCAAGGAGGCCACGGAGCAGGGUGCGGACGAGGACAAGGAUGUGGCAGGGAAAUUGGCACUGACAAAGCGCAGGGAACAGGAAUUCAUGAACUCCCAAGAUGAUGAAGAGGAGGAGGAAGAUGAGGAGGAUGAGGAAGACGAUGAUGGUGCGGCAGCGGGUGCGGCUAACAACAGCAAGGACGAUGUCUUCUGCGUUAGUUCGCGAGGCAAACGUCGCUCGCAGCGUCGCAAGAAGAAGAAGAUUGAAGAACCCAAGAUCACAUUCGUGCAGUUAAUGAAACUGAAUGCUCCCGAAUGGCGUUACAUUGUCUGGGGUUGCAUUGCAGCCGCCAUGCACGGCGUAACCUUUCCACUGUGGGGUCUCUUCUUCGGUGACUUCUUUGGCAUCCUGUCCAAUGGCGAUGCGGAUGUGGUGCGUCAUGAGGGCAACAACAUUUCGUACAUCUUCAUUGGCAUUGGCUUGAUGGCUGGACUGGGCACCAUGCUACAAAGUUACAUGUUCACCACGGCGGGUGUGAAGAUGACAACCAGAUUGAGGAAGACGGCCUUUAAGACAAUCAUGUCCCAGGAGAUAGCCUUCUUUGAUGAUGAGAAGAACUCCGUGGGUGCAUUGUGUGCUCGUCUUGCUGGCGAUUGUUCCAAUGUUCAGGGGGCAACUGGCGCUCGAGUGGGCAUCAUGCUCCAGGCUGUCGUCACCUUGGCCGUCGGCAUGUUAAUUGGCUUUGUUUUCUCGUGGCAACAAACGCUUUUGACCAUGGUCACUUUGCCCUUCCUCUGUCUGUCCGUGUAUCUGGAGGGUCGCUUCAUAGCGAAGAACGUGCAGUCGGCCAAGGCGGCCAUUGAGGAUGCCUCCCAGGUGGCCGUGGAAGCCAUUGCCAAUAUACGCACUGUCAAUGGAUUGGGACUGGAGAAACAGGUGCUGGAGCGCUACACGGUGCAGAUUGAUCAGGUGGAUAUCGCCUGCCGCAGGAAGGUGCGUUUCCGCGGAUUGGUCUUUGCCCUGGGACAGACGGCACCUUUUGUGGCCUAUGGCGUGUCCCUGUACUAUGGAGGCAUGCUGAUCGCCAAUGAUGGUCUGCCCUACGAGGAUGUGAUCAAGGUGGCCGAGGCGCUCAUCUUCGGCUCCUGGAUGUUGGGUCAGGCCUUGGCCUAUGCUCCGAAUGUCAACGAUGCCAUCAUAUCGGCAGGACGCCUCUUAAAGCUAUUCGAGCAAUUGCCCACACAGUCGAAUCCACCGCUGAAUCCCUACAACACGGCAGAUAAAUCCGAGGGAGACAUUGUCUAUGAGAAUGUUUGCUUCGAGUAUCCAACGCGCAAGGAUACGCCCAUAUUGCACAGUCUGAAUCUCACCAUCAAGAAGAACACGACGGUGGCUCUGGUGGGUCCCUCCGGUUCCGGCAAAUCCACCUGCAUUCAACUGCUCCUGCGUUACUACGAUCCCGUCUCCGGCUCUGUUAAUUUGAGUGGUGUACCUAGCACGGAUUUCCCACUGGAUACAAUACGCUCCAAGUUGGGAUUGGUCUCCCAGGAACCUGUGCUCUUUGAUCGCACCAUUGCGGAGAAUAUUGCCUAUGGUAAUAAUUUCCGAGAUGAUGUUCCCAUGCAGGAGAUUAUCGAGGCGGCCAAGAAGGCCAACAUCCAUAACUUUGUCAGCUCCUUGCCACAGGGCUAUGAGACGCGUCUGGGCAAGACAUCUCAGUUGUCCGGUGGCCAGAAACAACGCAUUGCCAUUGCCAGAGCGCUGGUGAGGAAUCCCAAGAUUCUCAUUCUGGACGAAGCCACAUCCGCCUUGGAUCUGGAGAGUGAGAAGGUCGUGCAACAGGCUCUCGAUGAGGCACGCGCUGGACGCACCUGUGUAACAAUUGCUCAUCGUUUGAGCACCGUGAGGGAUGCGGAUUUGAUAUGUGUCCUCAAGAAGGGUAUCGUGGUGGAGCAGGGCACACAUGACCAUCUCAUGGCCUUGAAUGGCAUCUAUGCCAAUCUCUACUUGAUGCAACAGGUCGCUGGUUAGGAAGGAAACUCUAAUUGUUAACAGAUUUUAAUAGCUUAAUUAGUUUGUAGUAUUAUUCUUGUUGUACAUCGAUUAAAGCUCUAAUAUUAACUACAA